UGGGAGAAUCGUCCUCAAAAAAACAAGAAGAGUUGGUAGCAGAGGGGAAAGGAAAGAGAGAAUUUAAUAAAUUCACGGGCAUUUUCUCUUUGUUAGUAACUUGCACAGAGAAGCAGUGUAGGUGUCUGUGUGUGAUCCAACGCCCUUCACCUCUUUUUCUUCAACUACCACAUUUAAAUCCCUCUUCCCCCUUUUCCUAAUUCAACUUCAUCCAUAUACAGGGAGGGAGCUUGGAAUCUUUGUUUAUUGAUUAUUGAGUGUGGGAUCUGGAUUAUAAGUUCCUUUUUUUCUUCAUUUCCACUUUGAUAGACAAGUUGAAGAAUCAAGUCUUAACCCCAUAACAUUUGGAUCAAAAUUCCUUUGUCUACUUGCAACUUGUAUUCUUUAAUAUAUGGACAAUGCCUCUAAUCUGAAUACUCCAUUUGUCUAGUCAUACACCCACCCCAACUACUGAAAAUUUAAUUUGGAUAUAUAUGCCUCCAGACAGUCUGAGAUCAGCUGUGUACAGAUCCUUUGUCACUUGUGAUGAUCCCAAAGGUGUUGUGGAAUGUACGACAAUCAGAAAAUCACAAAUGGAAAAAAAUGUGUAUUGUUCAUCAGACAAGGAAAAAGGAAGAGAAACAGUCAGCAAAGAUAAUCACACAUCUUCGUUCCAGCUAAUGGAGGUGUCCAGAGAAGCUCAAAAUCUGAACCAAGUGAUCCACUCAUGGUCUAACGGUAUGACCAUAGAAAGACAUUCGAAUGAUAUCAUCGCUAAAGAUUUGUUGAAAGGAGCCCUUGAUUUACAGGAAUCACUUGUGAUGCUAGGGAAGCUGCAACAAGCUUCACAACAUAUGGCAAAGUUGAAGAAGAAGAAGCAGAAAGAUAAGCCUCAACUUGAUGGAAUACCCAUUCAAAGAACCAAGUCUGAAAGGAUUUCAGAACACAGGCUUGAGUUUCAAAAACCAAGAUUUUCUGUUGAUGGGGAUUGUUUUGAUGAGCUUAGGGAAGUCAUAAGAGAUAACUUUGCUAGACAAAAUCUGUUGCAACCAAAUUGUGCUGCACAAAAGUCUCGGUUUCAAACAAGUGAAAAGGCGUCUGUUGAUACAAGGAAAAUGAUUAUAUCAUCACAUGUCCCAUCCACUAGUUCAAGCCAGUCCUCCAUUGUUCAAUCCCAACAAGUGACCGCUUUUGAUUAUUCCCUGCCGCAGGAGAAGCCAGACGGGCCAAAUUUAAUUGCCAGACUGAUGGGUCUUGAAGAAAUUCCUAGAAAGCCCCAGCACCAAACUACCCAGAAGCACUAUGAGAAGGACAGGGUUGUCAAGCAGACCAGACCUAUAUUUGAAAUAGAUUUGCCAAAAGCAAAGAAGCCAACAUUCAUCAGUCAAAAGGUGGAUCCAAAAAGAAAAACAUUGGAUGAAAUAAUUGAAACCAUGCAUUUUAAGGGGCUUUUGAGAAGCAAGUCUACACAUAAAUCUAAUAGUGUUUCAGGUUUGCUAAAUAAGUUUGUUGAUUCUCCACCCAUUGUGAUCAUGAAGCCUCUAUAUUCACAGAGUGAAAUGUUUCCUGCCUGUAACCAUGAACAAAAUCCAUCAGGCUCUAGAAACAAAUGGGAAGAAAGUUCAUCUGAUGACCAGAAGGGAGCAUCGAAUUUCACCAUAUAUAGGAAAAUGCAGACAGGAAAAGAUCAUAAUAAUAGAUACAGCAAAGAAAAAGGGCGAGAGGAUCAUGGUGAAGCACCUUCAAAAUCAAAGACUCUUCAAGUUUUGAUUCAGCCUAAAACAAAGAUUAUAGCUUCUUCUCCUGGAAAGUAUCGUGGUGAAGCAACUGCAAAAUCAAAGACUUUUGAUGUUCUGAGUCAAGAAAAACAGCCUAAUACAAAGAUUAGAGCUUCUUCUCUGGGCAAGGAUCUUGGUGAAGCACCUUCAAACUCAAAGAUGCUUAGAGUUCUUCUGCAAGAAAAACAUCCUAAUGCAAAGAUCAAAGCUUCUUCUCCUGGCAAGUAUAGUGGUGAAGCAACUGCAAAUUCAAAGACUGUUAAAGUUUUCAUUCAGGAAAAACAGCCUAAUACAAGGACUAGAGCUUCUUCUCCUGGAAAGACCGGGAAACCAAAGAAAGAAGCAAUUGGAAAAACAGAGGACGGGACUCAACGAGUAGCUCCUGCUAUCAGAAACUCUAAAGAAAUGAAAAAUGCCAAAAUAGACGACAGUGCUAAAUUUCAGGACCAAAGCAAGAUGAGCACUGUGAAAGUGAGAAAACCAGAGAGAAAACCAUUGGUUGCACAAGCAAAAAGUACUAUAUAUGAUCCUCAGCAUAUCACAACCACUGCAUCUCAUAACUCCAUUAAGAGGAAGAAGAAUGUUAAAGCUGACAAGUCCAUCAAGAGUACCCCCAUUGCUACAGUUGACAACAUAGAACAGAAGGAUGAAAGUAUAGAAAUGGUGCAGGCAGUAGAUAAAGACACAGAUAUAGCCAUAUCCGAAGUUACAUUCUCAGAAGAGCUUCAGUUAGAAAAAGGGGAUAAUAUCUUUGAGGAUCUUGUCACCGGUAGCACUUACUUCAUUAUUUUGCCAGUUUUAUGCAUACGUUCUGAUAAUGCUGUCAAUGGUGAAAGUGUCCCUUGUGAAUCUAGCGUUCUAUCAACCUAUUGUCUCGGUGACAUCAAAUUAGUGGAGCAGAUUAACUGUAACAUCAAUCUAGACUUCACUGAGAAUGAAAACUUAGACUCCGGAGCCACUACAAGGCAUUUACUGUUGAGCAGUGAAUCGUUCCUCUGUCAGUGGGAGGAGCUUUUUGAAACAGAUGUGUGGGAACCAACUGUAUGGCAGACAACUAGUGUAGAUCAUGAAAUUGCUGAUAGAUCACUCUUACUUGAUUGUGCUAAUGAGUUAUUAGAAAAUAAAAGGUCCCAAUGUGCACUGGCAGUUAAUCCGUUAUCACUGAAGGCCAUUAAGAUGAGAAAAUAUUAUGUAUCCUUUGACAAGUUGAUGAAUGAAAUUUGUGAUGGGAUUGAAGUUCUGCGAUGUUACAAUAAGGUGGCUGGCAAGAACCUUUCAGCUGAUGCUCUUUAUCCACUGCUAGAAAGAGAUCUAUGGUGCAAGGGGGUGGUCGGCAGUGCAUGGGAUCUGGCUUGGAGAACUGGAUUAACUAACAAUGAAGUUGAACAAGUGGUAACUGACAUUGAGAAGUAUCUUUUAGCUGCAUUUAUCGAUGAUUUGUUGACCGACUUCAUGCUAUAGCACUAGUACAUAUUCAGGUGGGCGAUUUAGGAACUUGACUUAUAUAAUCUGUAAAGUUGGAGAAACUUUAAAGUUGUCUCCGUGUGACCUAUUGGUCAUGGGUUCGAGCUGUGGAAGCAGUCACUGUAGGUCUACAUCACACCCCUUGGGGUGCGGCCGUCCCUGGACCCUGCUAAGGCAGAAUGCUUUGUGCACUGGACUGCCAUGCCCCACUUAUAUAAUUUGUAAAUAAGAAUCCAAUAGAGGAGUUGAAAAAAGGUUUUAAGAAGCUGAGGAGUAGAAGUUACUAGCUCAAAUUACGUUUUAAUGCUGAGUUGAUCUUAAAUUUGUACAUUUCUUGCUGAUAUAGUUAUGUAAAUGUAUUGAAUCUAGAUAUGAUUUGUUCUAUUACAAUUUCGAAGCUUGAUCAGCUUUGUA